AUGUUACUUGGAGUGAAUAUUUACACAGAGAUACUAAUGAGCGGAGUUUUAAGAGGAGAACCAGGGUCGCCAAUUGCGCAACAGACCCAACUAGGUUGGAUCAUAUCUGGAGGAGCUUCUAAACAGAACAAUCCGCAUGGUAUUGUCACCAUGCACCUGAGCGUUGCACUGGAUACCAUGUUACAAAAAUUUUGGGAAGACGAGUCAUUGCCGAGUGAAGAACACUAUACUCUCACUGAUCUUGAGACGCGAGCUGAGAAAAUUUACGAGAAGACUGUGGAAAGAGACACUGAUGGGAGAUACGUUGUGGCACUUCCAUUUAUGAGUGAGAAACCGACACUUCCUGAAAAUUCACGACAAAUUGCAGCACAGAGAUUGAGUCAUCUUGAGAGAAAGCUGUCUAAAAACGAGAAUUUGAGACAAGAGUACAAUGAGGUAAUGAGAGAAUAUAUCACAUUGAGACACAUGGAGCCUGUGGGUGAAAACGAGAAAUAUGAAGCAGCAACUUACUUACCUCAUCACGCAGUGAUAAGAAACGACAAACAUACUACAAGGUGGUCGUCAAACAGUACACACUUUAUGACAGAAAUAGAACCAGAAAAAAGAGCAAAGAAAACAGAGAUAGAUCUUAAUAAGAAAGAGACGAUCAAAACACUCGGUAUAAUUUGGAAUGUGAGAGAAGAUGACCUACAAGUGACAAACAAGAUAGAAACUUACACUGACAAAGAGUGUCGAGUGAAGCCCUCAAGACCCUUUUCAAUUAGUGGAGUGGACUUUGCUGGACCCAUCAAUGCGAGAAUGAGUAAGGGGCGUGGAGCUAAAUCAUUUAAGGCUUACAUAGCUUUGUUUAUUUGCAUGGUCACCAAAGCCAUACAUAUCGAAUUGGUGAGCGAUAUGACUACAGACGCUUUCAUGGCUGCGUUUAAAAGGUUUAUUUCAAGGAGGGGUCCAUGCAGGGAGAUGUGGAGCGACAACGGAACUACUUUCGUGUCAGCUAGCAAGGAGAUUCUUAAUAUUUGGAAAGAGGGUAAAUCGAGCAUUCCUGAUGAGCUUUCUUCCUUGCUGGAUAGUGAAGGCACCAAAUGGAAAUUUAUACCUCCGGGAGCCCCUAACUUUGGUGGCUUAUGGGAAGCCGGAGUUAAAUCGACGAAAUUCCAUCUGAAACGAAUAAUUGGGGAAUCCACCCUCACAUUCGAAGAGCUGAAUACACUAUUGACACAGAUUGAGGCUUGUCUCAACUCGAGGCCACUUUCACCUAUCAGUGACCAUCCUGAUGAUCUAGAUCCGUUGACACCCGCACACUUUUUGGUUGGAGAAUCACUUAUUAUUUUACCUGAGAGUGACUACACAGACCUGAAGGAACAUUCCUUAACGAGAUGGCAGUUGACACAAAGAAUGAUGCAAUCGUUUUGGAAGAAAUGGCAAUCGGAGUACAUGUCAAGAUUGCAACAGAGACCGAAAUGGAGGAGCCGACAAAAAGAGUUUAACAUCGGAGAUUUAGUCCUCAUUAAAGACCCGAGGUGUCUGCCAAGUAAAUGGCUUUUAGGAAGAGUGAUGACUAAACAUACAGGACAAGACAAUUUAACCAGAGCAUAUGACAUUCGCACGUCGACCGGAGUUGUGACGCGUGCUAUUUCGAAGCUUUGUCCAUUACCAAAUGUGUAA